ACGCGAUAGCGUGCGUCAACAUCGAAGUAAACGUGCGAGUCACUGUGAGAUACUGGCCCAACGAAGCUUUGUGCAGCGCCCGCAUCAGUGCAGUGCUACACUCGGAUUGAGUGUAUUCAUGCCAGAAGAGAUGUUCCCCAAGCAUAGGAGUGAGAACACGGGGGAUCUCCGGUUGGACUUCGUGUUCCAACUACAUUGCUAUAACGAAGGUGGCUCGUUAUUGAUCCGCGGAGAAGCACCAUCCCGUCAAAGCCGUCAGAGACAACGUCCAUUCCCUGAGCGCGCAGGCGUAGCUCACGCCUUGGGUAAAUCAGAACCAGGGCAACGUGUAUGCCCACUACUGGGAAAACCCAGAACCACCAUAGAACUUCGAUGGUCACUAUUAGCAUUCCCAGAGCCGGGGCAGCUCGCAAGAAUAUUGCUCCGGUUCUGCAUCAAAAAUCCGGCUGAUAUAGCUCUUGCAAUCGCGAGGCAAACGAAGGUAGCGUGCACUGAGUGGCCAGACACCCAGAAUUGCAACAAGCUCGUCAUGAGUGAUGGCACUAAGACAAAUGAGACAAAUAAGAUUGCAAAAUGUAGAUUUGAUUUGGAGAAAGCGUUCUUUUCGUGCCUUCACGACAUGCAAUGUUUUGAGUAUACCAAGCGCACGAUGCCAGCACUAAAUACAAUCUCGAGGUACAACAUGAUGUGGGGAUAUUCCAUUUUAGUUGUCGUGGCUGUUGCGAUGUUUGCUACUUUUACACAAGGACAAACUCAGAUAUAUGAAGAAGAGAAAAGGGACGGAAAAAGGAAAUGGCAGAAAAAUGAUCAUGAAGCCAACCAGCAGUGA